UAUGAUGAUAUUUUAUUUUCACAGCUGAUAUUAAGAAAAUAGGAAAAUGAUCAACAAUAGCUCCUUCGAUGGAUUUAUACUCCUUGGAUUCCCUGGGCAGCCUCAAUUGGAGAUGAUCAUCUCUGGAGUUGUCUUUUUCUUCUACACUGUUGCCUUGCUGGGAAAUAUAGCCAUCAUCCUGCUGCCAUUAGUAGAUCAAUGUCUCCAAACCCCUAUGUACUUCUUCCUUAGAAAUUUGGCCAUGUUAGAUCUCUGUUAUACCACAAAUAUAGUUCCACAGAUGUUGGUCAACAUUUGGGGUAAAGACAAAAAAAUCUCUUUUGGUGGCUGUGCCUUCCAACUUUUCAUUGAUGUGACAUUAUGCACAGUUGAAUGCAUGCUUCUGGCAGUGAUGUCUUAUGACCGAUUCAAUGCUGUCUGUAAGCCUCUGCACUACAUGACCAUAAUGAACCCCCAGCUCUGUCGAGGCCUGGUAGCCAUGACCUGGGUAAUUGGUGUCAUUAAUUGCAUGAUACUUUCUCCCUAUGCUAUGAGUCUGCCUCGAUGUGGGAACCACCACCUAGAUCACUAUUUUUGUGAAAUAUCUGCAAUGGUCAAAAUUGCAUGUGUGGACACCACAGCCAUGGAAGAAACCUUGUUUGCAUUGUGUUUUUUCAUCUUCCUCACACCGCUUCUUCUCAUUCUGGUUUCGUAUGGUUUCAUUGCUAUAGCUGUGCUCAAGAUCAAAUCUGCAGCAGGGAGACAAAAAGCAUUUGGGACCUGUUCCUCCCAUCUCAUUGUGGUCUCCAUAUUCUAUGGGACUGUUAUCUACAUGUACAUACAACCAGGAAACAGUCCAUCUCAGGAUGAAGGUAAACUUCUCAGUAUCUUUUAUUCCAUUGUUACUCCCAGCUUGAACCCACUGAUCUAUACACUAAGGAAUAAGGAAUUCAAGGGAGCCAUGAAGAGGCUGAUUGGAAAAGAAAAAGGUUCUGGAGAAACAACAGGACAGUAA